GAGUCUGAACUCGGACCCGGAGCGAACGGAUCUCGUUUAGUAAACACGGGUCACAGCACCGGAAGUACAUCACAAAUGGGGCGUUGCGAUACCCGGUUGGACAGGAAGGGGCGGGGCUACGGAAGCUCGUAGGGGACGGUUAUGAAAGCAGGAAAAGCCGGAGAGGAGAGAUGUUGCAUGCUGGAGUUUUUCUUUCUUUAUAGAAACCUGAAGCUUUAAUAUUCAUCGGAUUAAAACAGCUUCAUGCUCAGAUUAUCACCUCUGUUAAUCUUUAAUUUCAGCUGAAUUAUUGAAUCCCUCGCUGAGUAUCUGACUGAUCAAGGUCAGAGUGUGCAGAGGAUCUCCUCUUCAGCUCAGGUGGGAUCUCAUGAGAUUUAGUGAAGCUGCAGAGAGAUGGCCGGACUGAUCAACUUUGAGGACGAGCAGGAGGUGAAGCAGUUCCUGGAUAACCUGGGGGUGGAGUACAGCUUCCAGUGCUACAAAGAGAAGGACCCUGAAGGCUGUCAGAGGCUCGCAGAUUACCUGGAAGGUGUGAAGAAGAACUAUGAGAGUUCAGCUCAGGUGCUCAAACACAACUGUGAAGUCAACGGACACGGAGAGAGCUGCUACAAGGUGGGAGCGUACCACGUGACAGGCAAAGGAGGAGUGAAGGAGUGUCUGCAGACAGCGUACUCCUGCUUCAUGCGGUCCUGUAAGGCCGGAGGGAAGAAGUCCACAGACGCCUGUCACAACGUGGGUCUGUUAGCUCACGAUGGACGAGCCAUGGGGGGAGAACCCGACCUCAAAGCCGCCAGGGAGUACUACGAGAAGGCCUGCGCCGGAGGUUUCGCCCCCUCCUGCUUUAACCUCAGCGCUCUGUUCAUCGAGGGGAACUCUAAAGGCCUAAGCCCGGACAUGAGUCUGGCCCUGCAGUACGCUAACAGAGCGUGUGAGCUGGGACACGUGUGGGGAUGUGCUAACGCCAGUCGCAUGUAUAAAAUGGGACACGGCGCGGACAAGGACGAGAAGAAGGCGGAGGAGCUGAAGAACCGAGCCAGAGAGCUGCACGGGUUAGAGAAGGAGAGGCAGAUCAAGUUCGGAGAGUGAAUGGAGUAUUGAUUAGAGUUUAUUUACUCCAAGGUGUUAGAAGGAACAGUUGUGUGUGUAUGCGUGUGUGUGCAGACAGACCUGAUCAGGGUUAAGAUUGAGGAGAGGAUCUGCGGUUUAAAGGAAGAGAUGCUUCAGUCUGUGAUGUGUCAGUGUGGACAGAAGAGUCCAGAGAGCUGCUUUAAUAUUUUGUUUGUAUAUUUCAGCCAAAUAAAAGGAACAUCAUGUGAAUAUUAAA